AAUUAGCACAUUUCUGGAAAGAACCAAAUACGAUAAUUUUACAUUAUUGUUAGAAAGUAGAAAUUCAUGCCCCAGUAACUUACGUUGUAAACCUUGACCGAAGCUGUUCACGUAGGUGGAAGAAAACGCCGUUUUAUUUCAUAUUGACCAGCGUGUUCGGACAGAAGACUCAUAGCAACAAGAGGACUGGCACAGGCAAGAGCCGCAAGACGUCAGAAGCAAGACCGCUCUCCACAAACUUGGAAACAAGUGUAUCAGAACGGUGCUAGUGCAGUAAAUGCUCAAAUUUAAACAUGGCACAACAGAAGAAUACAUUUUCACUUAAGAAUAUGGGUAUCAAUUUAGUAGCUGGUGGCUCUGCAGGCUUCACGGAAAUAUGCAUAAUGCACCCCUUAGAUGUUGUGAAAACAAGGUUCCAGAUCCAGACAACCGGAAAUCCCAGUGAUCCUCAUUACUACACAUCAGUUUAUGAUUGCAUUAGGAAGAUGGCAAGAAAUGAAGGAAUUCUUUCACUCUAUAAGGGAGUUUUACCACCUGUGCUAGUGGAGACUCCCAAAAGAGCAGUCAAGUUUCUUACUUUUGAGAUCUACAAACAGCUGUUCGGUAGUCCCACUCCAGUGACAUUUUUCUUGGCUGGUUUGGGUUCUGGCACAACUGAAGCAAUACUUGUAAAUCCAUUUGAAGUCGUCAAAGUUGCUCAACAGGCAAACAGAGCACAGCAUAAAGUGGCACCGGGAACUUUUGCAGUUGCUCGGGAAAUUAUCAAGACGCAAGGCUUGGGCUUUAGAGGUCUCAACAAAGGAGUAACGGCGACCAUUGGACGUAAUGGUCUUUUCAACUGUGUUUACUUUGGCCUUUUUCAUUCUGUAAAUACAAGGAUAACACAGCCUCAGGAAAAAUGGCAACAAAACCUACAAAAAUUCUUCAUCGGUCUGGUAGCUGGAAUCUUAGGUUGCCUUGUGAACAUACCAUUUGAUGUGGCAAAGAGCCGUAUUCAAGGGCCACAGCCAACUCCAGGCCAGAUAAAAUAUAGAUCAACAUUUGGGUCUAUUGCUACAGUCUACAAAGAAGAAGGGUUCCUUGCCCUGUACAAGGGUUUAGUUCCAAAGGUGCUACGGUUAGGUCCUGGUGCAGGAAUUAUGAUGAUUGUGUACGAAAAUGUUCAAAGCUACCUCGUGAAGAGAUUUCCUGACAAUUGAUCUUUGUAAGUAGUAAUAGCCUUAAACUUAUAGUCAAGGCAGAGUAUGAAGUUUGAAUUUUAAUUUAAAGUUUUUCCAGAGAGUACUUUUUAAAACUAUAUGGUAGGAUUAGUUAUUUGUAUUCAUUUUAAAGGUAUUCUAUCAAAGUAUUUUUUAUACAGAAGGCAACAAGUGAGAAAAUUAUCCACAACGUAGCUGCGAGAAAAAGAAUAUUCCGAUGUUUAAGGUAUAUGGAACUGUUUAACUGUUAAGGUAAUGAACUUACUUUUUAUUAAAGGUGUAUGUAACUUUUAACUUAAUUUAAUAAAUUUUUUUUUAUUAAAGGUAUAUGUAACUGUUAAGUUAAUUAACUGAUUUUUUAUUAAAGGUAUAUGUAACUGUUUCACUGUUAACUGAUAUUUUAUUAAAAGUAUUUGUAAGUUUUUAACUGUCAAGUUAAUGAACUAAAUGUUUUUAAUUAUGGUACGUACCCAGUUAUUGUAUAGCUAAGAGUUUCACUCACCCAGCGGUUAAAUUCCGAAAUUCGCAGAUUGCGCUAGUUUUUGUGUUUUGUUUUGGCCAGGUAACAAGAACCCCACCCACUUUCAGGGUAAGAGAGGAACCACUUGGCAAAGAGCUCAGUUUCUUUCUGCCGGCUGAUGGUUACAGACUAGUCAGCUGCAGUUAAUUCUGGAAUUCUUGACUUUUCCUUUUGUUUCUCAGCAUUUGGUGAAGUAUUAAUUGUGCUGUAUUGGCCGACUCGGCAAUAUUAUUUAGAUUUAGGUUCUUUGAAGAACUAGAUCGAUUUGGACUUGUUUACUGACUUGUCUCACCUUUUUUUCAACAUGUCGGACACUAGUGUGUCCAACAUUAAGUAUUGUGUGAAUGGUUGUAAAACUAGGUUGACCAAGGAAUCUUACGAUACUCAUUCUUUGUCUACAAAGUGCUGUGGACAAGUAUGUUCGGUGAAUGUGAGAUGUAAUGAGUGUCAUGAUUGGGAUUAGAGAACAUGGAGAAACUUAGAAUCUCAUUUAAGAAAAUUAGAUAGAGAAAGGCUUUAGCUAGAGCUAUCGAAAUCACCUGGCCAGGGAACAUCAAAUUCGAAUGCUCCUGUUAUUUCUCUAGCCCCAGUUUCCAGUUCUCUUACUGUACCACCUGCUAAAGUUUCAGGCUCCCACACUUCCGAUCCCAACCUCGUCGCUAGUCUAGAAUAGAAGUUGGAAAAGCGCUUUUCUCUGUUAGUGCAGACCAUGGAGCAACUUGGUUCAUUUGUUAAAGUACUGAUGGAUAAGGCUAAAAGUGACAGUGCAGUGUUAGUUGAGGAGGUGCUGUUCCUCCCAUUGACUCUAUGGAAGUGCACAAUUAGUCCAGUUCCAAAGACUCCUCUUUAUGUCGUCGUCAGUGGCGCUCUAACAGUAAGUCUCGGCCUCUUAAGAGGGCCUCUGUGGACAUAACGUUGCCUCCUGUGGUUCCUGUUAAGAGGUCAAAGGUACUGCGGCCUUCUUGCAGCCAUUGGGGUUCUCUGUAGCAAUUUUCUACUGAGCCCCUCAGAAGUGGAUGCUCCUCCAGCACCCAAGACUCCUCGUAGUUCGACUGCUCCACAAGUCUCAACUGCUCCACAAGUCUCAGUACUGUCAGCUUCUACUCCUGCAGCUCCCAAGGUGCCUGCGAUGUCAGAAACAGUCAAACACCCAGAAUCCUCUACUGUCAACAAGUGCUAGGCAGUGCCCACUUGUGUGGCAUCAGAGCAAGGUGCAGUUGCGCCUGAGCGCCCAUAGGACUCUCUUCAUCCAGUAGCACCCAAGCGCCCAUCGGACUCUUCAUCCAGUAGCGCCCAAGCGCCCAUUGGACUCGCUUCCUCCAGUAGCGCCCAUUGGGCUCUCUUCCUCCAGUAGCACCCAUCGGGCUCUCUUCCUCCUGUAGCGCCCGCGGCUUCUCCAGAAGUGGAUCCUAUUCAGCUGAAACUAGAUAGCAUUCUAGCUUUACUUAAUAAAGCUCCCACGAUGCCUCAAACUCAAACAGUGUCUCAAGCACCCGCUACAGCUCAGGCGCCAGUAGUAGCUAGGACUCUUCAAGCGCCCAUAGGUGCGGAACCUCCCCAGGUGCCCAUAGUAGCUACGAUUUCUCAGACUCCUCUGGAUGCAGAUAUGACGCAAGCUCCUGCAGAUCUUUCUCCCAUUUUGUUGAAAGAGGAAGAGACAGAAGAUCAGGUUACCUCUUCUGCAUAUGUCGCCUUAAUGAAGUUCCUUUUGAAUACUUAUCCUACCUUCUUUUCACCCACCACUCCCUCAUUGCCCACGUCAGCUUUAGUCAUGGAUAUACCUACUCUACUUCUGUUUCUUCCGACAUACCAAAUAUGGUGCCUUCUUCUUCAGCAAAGAAAGCUUUUAAGGAUAUAGAAGUGUGGCUAGUAGAGAAGAGGAAUCAAUGCAGAAUUUCUUUUAGUUUCCUCCCUCUAGGAUUACGAGAUGGGGGUACUUAUGCUACUUAGGAAGCUCCUUCUUUGGGAAUAUGUGCCUCUUCCCAAGGAGAUUUCACAGGCUUAGUAGAUUCGGCCAGGUGUUCUGCCUUCACUUUGGCGAAGAUUUUAUUUUCGGCCUUGGAAAUGGUGCAUCUACUGAAAAACGUCUUCAAAGUGUUUGAAGUUUUAAAUUUUCUUGGUUGGGUAGUGGGUGCCUUGGUUUGCAAAAUUAAAUUCUGCUUGGUCUUGCUGGAGAAUUUUGCUUCGGACUGGUUGGGAGUGUUGUCAUGUAUUGACAGGUGGAUUACAGAUGGUUCCCAUGAGUUAGCUUCCCUCUUCCCUGUACACAUUGGAAACCCUGAAGAAGAGGGAGCUUUGGUGCUUGUACACUUCUAAGAGAGUGAUGGCAACUCAAAGAUCGGCUUUGUUAUAUUCUCUGCUGGACAAGAAACACAUUUUUCCCCAGUCUACAGUCCUCGACAUAGCUUCUGGGUUAAAGAAGAAAAGUACUGAGGAUCUUCUUGCUCAGUCCUCCAAGAGACCAAAAGAGACUCCUACUGUUAAUAUGCAGCAGUCUCUCCCUCUGAGGGCAAAGCCCUAUCAGUCCAGACAGAGAUCUUUCUCCUGCUUCAGAGGAAGUACCCACUUUGCCUCAAAGGCAAUCAAGAAAUCCUCUACUAAGGUCCCUUUUGCAAGUGAGGAGACAGUUUUCCAUGCACAAAUCAGAGCCAGAGUUCUUUCAUUUUUGGAGCAGAAGCCUGGAUAAUGAAGGUUCUGAAAAGAGGUUAUAUCAUACCCUUUGUGAAAACGCCUCCUUUAGUCAACAUGCCGGUCAUAUUGACUGCUUAUUCGUAAGGGUCAGAAAGGUUUUCGGCACUUGCAGAAAUUUUGUCUCUCUCUCUCUCUCUCUUUUUUUUUUUUUUUUUUUUUUUUUUUUUUUUUUUUUUUUUUUUUUUUUUUUCUUUUUUUUUUUUAAGGGAGCAAUAGAGUGAGUGCAAGACCUUCAUUCUCCAGGCUUCUACAACUGCCUGUUUGUGGUACCCAAGUUAUCAGGGGGCAGGCCUGUCUUGGAUGUCAGCAUUCUCAACACCUUUGUCUUGAAGACAAGAUUCAUGAUGGAAACAAACCAAUCAGUUCUGUCGUCCAUUUGCCCAGGAGAUUGGAUAUGUAUAUAGACUUACAGGAGGUGUAUUUCCAUGUACCUGUUCAUCCCAGUUCAAGGAAAUACCUCAGGUUUGUAGUCGAGGGAAGGGCAUAUCAAUUUCGUGCUCUUUCCUUUGGUCUUUCGACGGCACUGGAGGUUUUCACUAGAGUAAUGGCUCCAAUCACAAAGUGGUUACACCUACAGGGGAUAAGAAUCUCCUUGUAUUUGGACAAUUGGGUUUUCAGAGCCAAUUCAGAAAGUCUCUGCACAAAGGACCUCAAGAAGACUCUUGUUAUUACAAGAAUUAGGUAUUCUAGUGAACCGCCAGAAGUCUCAUUUAAUCCCCUCUCAGAGGAUUCAAUAUUUGGGGAUGAUAAUGGUGUCUCAGGAUUUUCGGGUUUUUCUGACACCGAAAAGGAUCGGAUCUUGUCUAAAGAAGGUACAAGAGAUUCUUUAGCUGAAAGAAUACCUAGCAACAAUUGGAUGAGUCUUCUCAAUUUUCUUUUGUUGAUGGAACAGUUCGUACACCUGGGCAGACUACACCUCAGACCACUACAGUUAUUUUUGAAAGCGAGCUGGAACAGGAACGUUCUUCCAGACUUGCUCGUGUUUCCAGUGAUGAAAGAAAUAAAAGAGGAUCUUCUUUGGUGGAACUCCAACCAAGGAGAGAAUUUCACAAAGAAAGUGUCUUUUUCCAUUGAGCCCCAACCUAAACUUCUCGGAUGCAUCAGACCUGGGAUGGGGCACUCUUUUUAAGGAGAGCAAGAUGUCAGGGAUAUGGUCCCCAGAGCUAAGGUCUUCUCACAUAAAUGUGAAAGAACUAAAGGCAGUAUAUUUUGGCCUUCAAUCCUUCUCUCAAGAAGUAAAAACAAAGACGAUUGUAGUCCACUCAGACAACAUGACUGCACUCUCUUACAUAGCGAAGCAGGGAGGGACUCGAUCGCUUUCUCUGUACGAGGUAGCAAGAUAUCUCCUCUGGCUGGAACAGAACAAUACCGGAAUAAUAACCAGGUUUAUCUAAGGGAAGGCCAGUUUAUUACCAAACGAGCUAAGCUGUCAGGAAUAAGUCCUCUCGACGGAAUAAACCUUGGAUCCACUAGUCUUCUUAGACCUGUGGAGAGUUUGGGGGAAAACUGAUGAUGGAUCUAUUUGCCACGUCUCGGAAACAUCGUCUUCCUCUGUAUUGUUUGCCAGUACCAGAUCCUCAAGCCUGAUAAUAGACACUUUUCUCUUGGACUGUUCGAAUAAAAAUCUAUAUGCCUUUCCCCCCAUUUAUAAGACAGAUGUUAAACAAGUUUUUGUCUCACCAGAAUGCAUCUCUAAUUCUAGUAGCACCUUUCUGGCCGUUGGAGGAAUGGUUCCCCGAUGUCGAUCACUUAAUGGACUUCCCGAGGCUACUUGCUCAAAAGAGGCAGCUGUUCAGACAACCACACUUCCAGAGGUUCCAUAAUGGCCUGUCUUCUUUGGCCCUAUCAGGCUUCAAACUGUCAAAAGAUUCCUUAGAAAGAAAGGUUUUUUUCUAAAGCGGCUGCAGAGACAAUCGCUAGAUGCAGAGACAAUCGCUAGAUGCAGAAGACAAUCUUCUAAUGCCAUCUACUAAAAUAAGUGGAAGAUCUUCAGAGAGUGGUGCAGGACCAUCAAGGUCUCCUCUUCUCAGACUUCUGUGACUCAAAUAGCUGACUUCUUAUUACAUGUAAGAUCAGCAAAGAACCUUUCAACAUCCACCAUUAAAGGCUAUAGAGCCAUGUUGGGGUCGGCCUUUCAUCAUACAGGAUUAAACUUGUCCUCCAAUCCAGACAUUUCAGACCUUAUUAAGUCUUUUGACACCUCCAAGGGUACAGAUUCACCACCUCCAGCACCUUUGGAAUCUAGACGUAGUUUUGAAAUGGUUGUCAGGUCCUCACUUUGAACCUAUGCAUGCUAUCUCCUUAAGAGACUUGAAUAGGAAAACCUAUUUUCUGAUAUCUUUGGUGACGGCAAAGAGGAUCAGUGAAGUGCUUGCUUGGAUAAAAGGAUAGGUUUUUCGAAGGGGAAUGCUAUCUGUUCCUAUUCCCUCGGGGUUUUUUUGGGCCAAGAACAAGUCUUACCUCAAAUCCAUGGCCUCAUUCUUUCUCUAAUAAGAGCAUGACAGGAGUACUGGGAUCCGAUGAUGUGGAAAGAUCUUUGUGUCCAGCGAGAUCUUCAAAAUACCACUUGCAUAGAACUUAGGACAUUCGUGGCAACUCUUGCAGUUUGUGAUGUACUGUCAAGAACCUGUCUAGACUUGUCUAGAAAUGCUCUUGCAUUUUUUCCAAGAGAUGUGAUCAGGGAGGCUCACUAGUCAGUUUAAGAAGAUGUGUUCCCUUUGUAUAAAAUAAAAGCUCAUGAGAUUAGAGCGGUGGCCACUUCUCUGGCUUUCAAAAGAAAUCUGCCCUUAUCAACAUUUUUAAAUUCUACAUUUUGGAAAUGUAAAUCGGUGUUUGCAUCUCAUCAUCUUAGAGAUACUGAAACAGUGUAUGAUGAUUGUAGUAAUUUGGGUUCAUUUCUUGCGGCUGGUAUGGUGUUGGGAAAGGAAGUGUAGGAAGCAACUCUUCCUUAAACUUUUUUCUCCUUGAUAUAAAGUGGUUAUGUUUUUUGAGAAGCCUGGAGGUACGAAGUGCCUGAGUACCCUCUUACUGGGUAAGUCCCAUAAUUAAACAUGACAUUUUUAUAAUAAAAUAAAGUUUAGAUUUUGCUUACCCAGUAAUUAUAUAAUUGGAGUCCACCCUCCGACCCGUGGCAUGGGUUUUGCUUUUUAAAGGAAUGAAACAAACUGAGCUCAUUGCCAAGUGGGUCCUCUCUUGACCCGAAAGUAGGCGGAGUCAGUUACCUAGCCAAAACAAAACAGAAAAGUUAGCACAAUCCGUGAAUUUCGGAAUUUAACUGCUUGGCGAGUGAAACUGUUAUCUUUAUAAUUACAGGGUAAAUAUAAUUAAAACUUUAUUUUAUCUUAAAAAUGUUAUUUUUUAUUAAAAGUAUAUAUGCAACUGUUGAA